AUGGAUUCAAUUAUCAAGCAACUUGUAGCGGGGGUUAAUGAAACAAAAUCUGUUGGAAUCUCACGUCUCGAAAUUUUUGAUGAGCCCGGGACGCAGAAUAAGCUAAGUAUAGAUAUCGGUUAUGGAAAUAUUGUUUCUGAAGGAAGUCUAAUCGAGUUGAUUCAACAUGGUGAUAGCGGCUUUGUACUAAAGAUCCCGGCUGCCUUCAAUAGGCUCAAAGUGAUUUUGACUGAAGGGCUGGAUCUUACCCAAAUGGCUUGGUCUAUCUGCGAGCGCCAGUCACAAGACAUCCAGUCCGAAUCAAUAUCUAUCAGCCUGGCCGAGGUCGACGGUUACAUUGAAUUCAAUUUGAUAAAUAAAACCACGAAGAAUAAUGUGUCUUUUAUAUGUCUUUACAAGAGUCCAUGCACGAUUAAAAUUCCAGCAUCAGCUAAGGAAAGUUUCAUCGGCUCAUCGUCUGAAGUCGCCACGGCCUUUCCUGUUCCUGAGGUAACUACACCAGAAGACCAUACUUCUUUGAGCAAAGUAUCUUCUUUUUUUCCUGUGACUCAGGAAGAUGGUCCCGUUUUAAGACAGACAUUGGCGGAAUAUGAACUUAAGAUUCCUGUAUUAUUAAAUGAUUUUGCACGAGCCAAUGAAGUCUUAGAAUCUUUUGCAAACUUAUCACGUCAGACGGCCAGUUCAAAGAAUUCACUGGUAAAAUAUCUUCGGGAUAUUUCUAGAAACAGCAUUCCCGAAAGUCUCAAGCGGAAAGCUUCCAAAGGAGCGAUCGACAAUUCGACUGUUAAUCAACUAAACGCUUUGUUCGAUGAUAGCUAUAAGAAGAUCGUGUUGAAUAUAAGGCAUAAACUUUCCGGCCGGAUAAUCAGUGUUGACACAUUAUCCUGCCAGAAGAAGCUGUUUGAAGAUGAAAGUAAGAAAUACUAUGAUUGGCUCUCCAAACUCUUAAAUUCAGGAAAGAAUAGAGAUGAUAAGCUACUUUUAAAGAGGAAGGCAUUUGAAGUUGCCAAAAUCGAUUACCUCAGUUUUCUUUAUGAUUUAAUGAUUGGGGUUAACCUUCGAUUCAUAUCUCAAAAUGAUGAAGGCUUCAAGUUUUCUUCCUAUGUUCUGGAAUUACAAGGUAAGAGGAAGGAGUUUAGAGCUUCUGUAGUCAAAUCUUCCUCUUUGGCACAGUUGAAGGCUCAGAUGGCCACUGCUACUUUCUCAAAUCUGAAUCAUACCCCAGGUGAAAAAUCGGGUAUCUUGUUUACUCAACGGGGUCAGGGUAAAUCCGGCUGGCAUAAGCAAUGGGUGGUAUUGAAAGCUGGCAAGUUGACUGAAUAUAUGGACUGGAGGAAGGGUGUAUCUGUGCGCAACAAACCUAUCGAUAUAUCCCUUUGUAAUAUAAAAUCCAUAGAUUUUGAGAAACGGAAGAACUGUUUCAGAUUGAUUACAAGUACGGGACUGGAGAGUGCUGUGAUUGUGGAUCUAAGGAUUCUAUCCAUGGGUACUAGUAUAUCCAAAGUGAGAUCGCUCAAGCUUGAUUCUUUUGAUAGAGAAACGCUGGCAUUGUUAUAUCACAUCAAUAAUGAGUCAUCCAACGCUUUUUAUGAAGCUCUUCUUCCGGAAGACCAGAGGAUUAAUGAUUCAGUUUGCGACUCUCGGCGGUUGGAUUUCAUUACCAGGAAGUACUCUAAACGAUCAUGGUUUGACUUUAUGAAGGUUUCAGACCCAUCAAGUCUUCUUAUCCACGGUGUUCAGUAUCACGAUAUUGAUCAGAUCUUGAGAAGUAUUGGCGCAAAAGUAGAUAUUAAUAUGAAGGUGACGAAGCGUGCAUCCAGCUUAGAUUCCAGCGAGAGGAUUGAAUUUAGUAUUUUGGAGUAUGCCUUAUCGCACCCAGUUAAGGAUGAGAUUACAGGUAAGCCGUUAUUUGAUUCUGCCGAAUUGUUAAUACUCAAUGGAACAAGACUUGGUGAUACUACUCAAUCACAUCUUGAAUUGUCGAAGGAAGCAUAUUAUUAUUGGGGACAGAAAAUAAACAAGGUCAACUGUGUCAAGUGCGAACCCAGCAAUGCAACGACCGUAACCGAUUCUAAUACCGCGACUAGCUCCAUCACUGAUUCCUCGAGCCGAGAAGACGGUUUGCAUCAGCUAGCACUAAUUAAGCUUACAGUUCAUAUAUUUCUCAAUCAUAUCAGAGAUUUUGUCAUGAGUGCAAUCCCCAAUUGGACACCUACUUCUUGUAAAACCUACCUGUUUAUACCUAAUGGUAAGGAACUAGUUUGCGAAAAUAUUGAAUUGAAAGAAUGCAUUGGCAGGGGAAACUUUGGAGACGUUUAUAGGGGCAUAUCAGUCGGUACAAAAGUGACUGUUGCUAUCAAGACCAUUAAUUUAGAUAAAUCAGAUGAUGAUAUUCCUAUUCUCCUACAGGAAAUAAAAUUAUUGAGAGACUUGAACAGCCCAUUUAUUACCAAGUGGUAUGAUACUUGUGUCAAAGAUGUGACAAUGUUCAUCUGUAUCGAAUAUUGUGGAGCAGGUUCAUGUACUGACUUACUCAGAAUUCACAAGUCUUUAAAUGAAGUCGCCGUGGCGUACAUUACUAGAGACACUUUACGAGGACUUGAAUAUUUGCAUAGCCUUGGAAUCAUUCACAGAGAUGUGAAAGCGGCCAACAUAUUGCUCACAGAGGAUGCUCAGGUAAAAUUGGCCGACUUUGGUGUUAGUGGCAAACUUCAGAAUUCUGCCAAAAGAAAGACAUUUGUUGGAACACCAUACUGGAUGGCUCCGGAGAUAAUCCUUAGAAAAAACGGAUAUAAUGAAAAAGUCGAUAUCUGGUCAUUAGGUAUUACAGUAAUUGAACUUCGAACAGGAAGGGUUCCUCAUUCCGACGAGGAUCCACUGAAGGCCCUUUACCAGCUGUGCAAGAGACCACCGCCAGGCUUAAUUGGAUCCGAGUAUAGCCACUACAUUAAGGAAUUCACUCGGAUAUGUUUACAGAAGCAACCUCAAUCAAGACCGACCGCAUCAGAUCUUCUCAAGAUGAGAUUUAUCACCAGAACCCGAUUUAAAAGCAAUCCUUUGAUACAGCUCAUUCAGGAGAAGUUGGAGGCAACCAAAUUUCGGCCAAAGAAAAGGCAACCAAAACAUCCAUUGAAGUUUGAUUCCAAUCAUUUCGGUCCAAAUAUGCAGUGGAAUUUUGAGGUGACUACAAGAAAAGAUAAAAUGGGUGGCAGCAGCGGUGGUAAUAUUGCUCACAUCGGUGAUGUACAGAGCAGUACGAUGAUGUAUGACUCUAACAAAGAAAAUUCGGUUGUUACUUCUAUGGAACCACCCGUCUAUGCAAAGAGUCCUUCGCAAUCAAAUGACAUAAUUUUGAAUGAACAAAGCGGAUUAAUACAGAAAGUUUUUGAGAACAUUCUUGUUUUGGACCAGAAGCGUCAUACGUUAGGCGAGCAUAAUACCUGCCGGGACGAUGCCAAAUUCAAAAGCAUUUUGAACAAUGUGCAAUCAUUGACAAUGGAGUUGGAAUUCCUUCAUCCCGGAUUUCUUAAAACAUUAUGUAUAGCCUACCUCAAUUCUCAAUACUGA